AUGCAGAGGUUCAAACACCAUGGUCUCUGCAGCGUCUAUGUGAGGAGGACCAUCCCCUCCUGGAGUGUGAGCGAGGACUUCGUGUACCAGUUCAAAGGCACCUGCUACUUCACCAACGGGACGCAGCGCGUGCGGCUCGUGGCCACGGAAAUCUACAACCGGGAGGAGAUCGUGCGCUUCGACAGCGACGUGGGGGUGUUCGUGGCUGUCGCGGAGCUGGGGCGGCCCCACGCGGAGAGCUGGAACCGCCAGGAGGACCUGCUGCUGGUGUACCGGGCGCAGGUGGACGUGCUGUGCAGACACAACUACAAGGAGACCGCGCCCUUCACCGCGCAGCGCAGAGUGGAGCCUACAGUGACCGUGUCCCCAGCCAAGACAGAGGCCCUGACCCACCACAACAUGCUGGUCUGCUCGGUGACGGAUUUCUAUCCAGCCCACAUCCAAGUCCGGUGGUUCCGGAACGACCAGGAGGAGACAGCUGGCGUCGUGUCCACCCCCCUGAUCAGGAACGGGGACUGGACCUACCAGGUCCUGGUGAUGCUGGAAAUGACCCCCCAGCGAGGAGACGUCUACACCUGCCGCGUGGAGCACCCCAGCCUCCAGAGCCCCAUCGCAGUGGAGUGGCGGGCACAGUCUGAAUCUGCCCAGAGCAAGAUGCUGAGUGGAACUGGGGGCUUUGUGCUGGGGCUGGCCUUCCUCGGGCUGGGCCUUGUCGUCCACCUUUGGAAGAAGAGAGGUGAGGCAGGUGGGGAGCGAGUGGGAACUGGUGCUGGGACAGAGGCGUCCUGCUGA